GCUGUGACUUGGUACUAAUCUUUUCGAGUCCGCAGAACGGGUCAGUCCGCGAACUUGCAGAGCAGACGAUAUUCCGUUACGAGUCAAUUCUACUUUUCAAUUAUUUCUUGACGAGUGCGGGAUUAGCGCAUGGCUGCCUCCGUGAAAAAGGAUUGAGUUUAACUGUUCGUUGUGACAUUCAUUAUGGCUGACACAAACGCCAAGGUCGCCAACAGCUUUGAAGAUCAAGAAGAGAGUUACCGUGACGAUGAGAUGGCAGGGGGAGAUACUGAGGAGGGGAAGGAUUCCCAGUCGGACCGGAAGGACGGUAGGCGAGGUGGGCGGAGGUUCAACUAUCGCCGUCGGCGACGAAGGGCCAGUAAUGAUGAACCCACAGGACCAGUGGAACCCAUUGUUCUGGGUGUUGAGGUGACCAAGUGGAGCAUUAGGAAAAAAGUCUGGGACUCCAUGGAGGAUCACAAUCUGGUCAACUUCCCACGGCCCUGUCACCACAGAAUCCCAAACUUCAAGGGUGCUGCUGUAGCUGCUGAUAAACUGCCGACGCUGGACGAGUUUAAGGCGGCCAACGUCAUCAAAGUGAAUCCUGAUAAACCACAGGAGCAGGCUAGGUUUCUAACACUUGAGGGACAGAAAACCCUGCUGGUUCCGACCCCUCGUCUGAGAACGGGCCUGUUCAACCGGAUCACUCCGCCUGAGGACUCCAACAAAGAGAUCCUUAGAAUCUGUUCUACUUCACAGGGAGUGAGAGAAUAUAGCACGCCUAUUGGACUGGACGACAAGAUGAAGAUAGACUUAGUCAUCACUGGAUCUGUGGCCGUGUCCACAAAAGGUUACCGCCUGGGGAAGGGUGAAGGUUUCGCAGACCUUGAGUGGGCGAUGAUGUACACGAUGGGGGCGGUGAACGAGGACACGAUCGUUGUGACGACCGUCCACGAUCACCAGAUCAUCAACAUCCCCGACCAGCUGAUCGAGGACCACGACCUGACCGUCGACUACAUUGUCACGCCAACCGAGGUCAUCAAGACCAACUGUACCAGAUCAAAGAUCAAGGGCAUCAUCUGGUCGAAGCUCGACAAGGAAAGAUUGAAGAGGAUUCCCGUGCUGAAGAAACUGAGGAAGAUGCAGCGGGCCGCUGGGAUUGACGUUCUCCUGAGGGGCCAGGACGAGGAUAACGAGGACGACGAUAAGACUGACGAAGAGGAGGAAGUGACGACUGUGAACGGCUACGACCAGCGACAGAGACGACGACGACCCCGGUUCCAGAACUACAACCGACGUGGUCGCGGGCCUCGCAGGAGAUCGGGUGAUGAGGAAGGGGCAGGUAACUCUGACUCCGCGGGUGAGCACCAGGAAGACGGUGAAGGUGACGAAGACGGGGACGGCGGUGGGAACAGGAAGCGGAGAGAAAGGAGGCCGCGUGGGGGGCGACGUCCACGCGGGGGACGGUCCCACGACCCGUCCAUCUACGUGGGGGGGCUCCCUCGGUCGCUGCGUGUCAGCGAAUUCAAGGAGAAGAUCCAUGACCGUAGCGUCCAGCCAUUACGGGUUGUGUGGCAUGGGGGCAGCGGCCACGCCUUCCUGCAGUUCCAGAACGCCGAUACGGCCGAAGAUGCAAUCGAAGCCUUAAAGGAUUUGGAUAUCAAUGGCCGCCAGCUUAAAGUGGAGCUGGCACGCAGCAACAGGGGAGAUAAAUCUGGCCAGGAAGACGAGGAAGGAGGGGGAGGGGGAGGAGGAGGUCAGGACGGGGCUAGCGAUGGCGGCAAUUAAAACAAGUAAACGCAAUGAUUUUGUUUUGGCUUGUUCUUCAGUUGUGUAACUGUUCAUGUUAAAAUGAUUUCAGUUUUUUCGUUGUUUAAUAUAGUUGGAAUUGUCUUCCAGAAAGUCGGUUGGAAGGUUAUUCGUUAUUUUUUAUUUUAAAUAUUUUUUUUUUUUUUUUUUUUUUUUUAAUUUGGACAAAAGUUGCACCUUGUAGUUUUUGGGUGUGUUGUCUGGUAAUUGGCUAGCACAAUUAUAGUGGACAUGUUUUUCUGAGAGAUUAUGGCCAGAUUUUUUCAUAUUAUUUUUCUUAUGUGAUGCCAGCACUAGUUAUUAGAUCCAUCCUAUUGUUAACGGUUUUCUUGUCUUUUAUUUAUACAAACAGACAACAGAUACCUGAUUAUUGAAAUAUGCAUGUUUUUUUGUUGGGGUGGGAGUGCAUGUUUUGAAAAAAGAAUAUUAAAAUAAUGAAAGAGGCAUGUUUUGUUUUUUUAAAGAAAAAUAAACGCUGAAUUAAUGUUUACUUAAUGCAUGCUGAUUAAAAAAAUGCAAUGGUCUUUGGUUGAAUAUAGUAUUGCAUAACAUAGCUAUAAAAUUGUUAUACAUUUUUGCAAAUGGGUGUACACAAACAUAAUUUUGUUAACAUUUGAUUCUGGCAUCAAUGUGUUUUAAACUGUUUUCUAGUUAUUCCCUGAUCUUUCAGGUUAUUUACAGGGCUUCAUGUUUUUUUGUUUUUUGAUCAACCAAUAUAUCCAUGUAUGUUGCCAGAAAAUACUGUUUUCACCAUCCUAAAAUUAGCACCGUUACUUGUCGCUAAGAUAAACAGCAGAUUAAUACAAACCCCAAAACUCGAGCACUUUUCACGUGCUACGUAUGAAUCGGAAAUGGCUGCCUUUUGAAUGUGUAUGCUUUAAAAAUGGUGGUGGCAAAUUUGUUCAAUAAAAGUUAAUCCCCUCUUUACAGUGCUUUGGGCCCGUUUUUCAUCAACGUGAUUUUGCCCGCGCACAUUCAGCCCAGUAAAAAACAGAUCGAUGACCGAUUUUUCUAUACGAAAACGCCGAUAUGGAAUAGCAUAUUUCUGUGCGUGGCAACGCACACGUUAAAAUGUGUGUGGAAUUGCGUUAAUGGUAAGUGGGCUUUAAAUGUGUGGGUUUUUUGUGGGUUUUUUUAUUUUUUAUCAGUGUAGUUGCAUGUUCGGUAUUAAUAUGUAGCACAAGUUAGAAAAUUUGGCCAUUGGUUUGAUCCCCACUAUAAUUGUCAAGCCAGUAUGAACAUGUUUGAUUGUUUUGUUAGCUUUGUUAAUAUGAAUAAAUUGGCAAACAUGUUUUGCCCAUGUCGUGAUUACUUUGACAGUUACACAAUGAAAGUUACGUCCAUUUAUGCACAAACGUAGAAACGUUUUGCAGAAAAUUUGGAAUUUUCUUCCCAAUAAAGCUAUAUUAAGUAGAAAACAAAAUAUAUGCAUUUGCAUGGUGUUUGGAUUUCAUUUGUGGCAUAUCAUUUAAUCAUCCAUAAUAACUGUCAUUUUUCAUUCUAUUUGCGUUGGAAAUAUUACACACAAGAAAGGGUGCAAUCUUGAAUGUUUUGAUUUUUCUCUUUAAUGAUAUAAUUUUGUAGAUGCUUCUGUUCACAGUUUUUUCUUAAAUGUUUUGGGGUUUUUUGUUUUUUUUCAAUUAAAUGUUAUAUAUAUUUUUUGCUCAUUAAAGUAGUUAAAAACAUAUUUUUGUAUUAACAGAGCAUCAACGAAUUGUUUGGUAAAUAUUCUAUAAAAAGUACAUAACACUAAAUGAAUGACUAUUUUAUCUGUACAUAGUCGGUGAUCUAGAAAUACAUGUGGACUCAGGAAAUUAACUUAGUUAUAAUGCACCAUGUCUCCGCCGAUCUAUCACCUUGACCGAUAUACGUUUCCUGUUUCGAACUGUCGUUAAAACGAACCUUCCAGUGGUCAGGAUAUUGGAAAAUGUAUAGCCAAUUUGGAAUAUUUUUUUCAGCCAAAUUAAUUUAAUAUUUUGAAGGACAGAUGGGUAGAAAAAGAAACAAAGAAAGAAAGAAAAAAAGAAGACUUCCUGGGCCCUUCCAUGAAGUAAUCUUGGCGCUACGAUCACCUUGAAAGUGCAUACAUAAAAUGGUUAUGUAUUUAUGGUGAUCUUAGUGCUAAGAUUGCUUGGUGGAAUGUGGCCGUGAAAAGUUUCUAAUUGUAGGAACACGACUAUUCUUCUCAGUGUAGUGUCAACAAUUUGACACCUCGGUGAACAUUGCCUUAAAUAGAUUUAAUCGCCUUGAGUUUUGUGAAUGACCUAGACUUUGCGACAGUUUGACUCAGAAUCGUACAACUUGUGUAAAGGUGUAGAUCCAUUUAGUGUUUGUGAACAAACUCACAAACAUAUAAUUUAGUUCUUUUGUCUCCUGAUUAAUUUUACAUUUUGAUAUUGUGUUAUUUUUGUUUUCAUUUGCACAGAAUAUUUUGUAUCAUCAUUCAUUUAUAACAGAUAUUUGGUUUGCUUUGUUUUUAGUGACAGUACUAAAUACAGCAAACUUCAUGGUAGCUAUUUGAUUACUUAGUUGUUGUUUUUAUGAACUGUAGUGCUACAUUGCAGAAAACUUGAAUGGAGCCUAAAUGACCAUUUGUUUUGGUUCUUUUGAGUUGUUAUUCUUUUGAAUUGACUACAUUAUCUACUUAUGUUAGAAACCUUUUACAUGCAUAAGAAGCAGCAAACAUAUUUGUUGAAACUUUUUACAUUGAAAAUGAAGGUCAUUUGGAGAAUUGCUUUAUAUUUUGGGACGGGUGACCACUCUAACUGAUUUAACAUGAAAUACAAUACCAGAUCAUAAUCAAUUUAGUCCGAUACCAGUGCCCUUUACAAACCAGUCAAAAGUUUGUUCAGCAGCCUUAAACAGGGAUUAAAUUGAGUUUUCAAUCUCAAUUUUUUAACCCGUCAUAAAUAUUUAAUCUUUUUUCAAUGGUGUUCUGGGGAACACAAUCAGGGGACACAACUCUGGUGUUGUUUGUUCCUGCUCCAAAUGACCCUUUUCGAUUAUAUUAUAAUUGUAUUCUUGAUCUGUUUGACACUAUUAAUAUAUGAUUGAAAUACGUAAUAAAAAUUGUAAUAUUU